GUGUGUGUGCGCAUGUGUGUUGUGCGUGUGGGAGAUUCCCGAAACGUCGUGUGGGUCGUGGGUCGUGCGGUUGUCAUGGCCAGCAAGGAGUACGCGAGCAGUGCACAGCUGCUCCACAAUUGGCUAAAUGCCAGCCAGAAUGCCAGCCUAAGUUUGUAUGGCAUAAAUGGAACGCACCAAUUGGAGGAUAGCUUCAUUAAUACCACAACUACUGCUGAUCUGCUCCAGGAGGAGGAGCAGCUGGAUCAGGAACAGCAGCUGCAGCAGCAACAGCAGCACAUCAGCGCUGGCCUGUUGCUCUGGCUGAUCAUCAAUGCGAUCAUCUUUGUCUUUAUACUGGUCGGCAAUGCACUCACAAUUGUUGCGGUGCGCACUUGCCGGAAUCUACGCUCGGUUAUAUCGAAUAUAUUCAUCCUCUCAUUGGCCAUCUCCGAUUUCAUUGUGGGCGUCGCACUGCCCUAUCAUGUGGUAUUCUACAUGGGCAUCGGCUUGGAUCUGGGCAGGCUGCGCGGCUUCUGCCUGUUCCGUUUCUUUCUCUUCAUCUGCGCCUGCUGCGUCUCCAUACUGACGCUCAUCUCGAUCGCCGUCGAUCGCUACAUUGCCGUCAUGUACGCCCUGCACUAUAGACGCUACAUGACACGCCGCGUGGCCUACUUGAUCAUCACGUGCAACUGGUGUGUGGGCGCUCUGGUGGCACUGAUACCCAUCUUUUGGAACAAGUGGUCCGAGGCGCAGGGCUGCGAGUUCGACGAGGUGCUGCUGCCGUGGUAUGUGGCUGGCAUUAUAACGCCCGGAUUCGCUAUCAUCUGGAUAUGCAUGCUGGUCUUCUACUGGCGCAUUAUGCGCGAGGCGUCCAAGCAGGCGAAGCGGCUGCGCCAGUCGGUGGUCUACAAUACGCACAGCAGCCACAGCAUGCUGCAUCCGGAUUGGAAGAGCGUACAGAUUGUGGUGUUCAUCAUGGGCUGCUUUACGCUCUGCUGGCUGCCAUAUUUCUGUGUGGCGAUCGCCCAACUGUUCCGCGUGUGCCGCAGCAAUUCGAUGAUCUACAAGACGGCCUUCUCGCUGGCCAUGGCCAACUCGGCACUCAAUCCCAUUAUCUACUCAUGGAAGAAUGCCGGCUUUCGGAGGGCCUUUGCCAAAACGCUCUGCUGCAAAUCCGCCAGCUGCUGUCGCGUCGACGCCGAUCUGGAGCUGCAUUUGCCCUCGGAUAGCGUUAAGCAGCGCAUCGAUAGCCACAGCUAUCCGGCGAUAAAAGCUAACGAGCCUACAGAAAAAACUCUCAACUCAGUGCCAGGGAGCGCAAUAAAUCAAUAAACCAAAUGUAGAAUGAA